UGAUAUCAUUAUUUUCUAACAUUCGCCUUGUCUUUACCAGAUGCAACAGCAGGAACUGGCUCAGGUGAGGCAGCGAGAGGCUAACCUUACAGCACUAGCCGCCAUCGGACCCCGAAAAAAACGUAAAAUGGAUUCACCGGGGGCCACACCAUCAGGGACCGAGGUGUCAGGCAGCUCGAUGGGCUCCCCGUCCGGCUCCUCCGACCCCUCCUCCUCGUCGCGUCAGUACGCACGGCAGCGCAUCACACGCGUCAACCUCAGGGAUUUAAUCUUCUACAUGGAGCAGGAGAGAGAGACCGCCCACUCCCUCCUCCUCUACCGCGCCCUGCUCAAGUAGCCUCAACCCCCCCUCCCCCGCCACGUGCCUUCAGAUCAGGUCUAAUGAUUCAGUGUCUCCAUGUGUACUGUAGUGACGUUUCAUGUAGCUUUUAAUAAGGAGAGAGAGAAAGAAAAGUACAAAAAUAAAUCCCUGUUUUAGAUUCACGAUGAGUAGUUAGGUCAUUGAGUUUAAAGGCCAUGCAUACGGCGGCUGACCGGUGCAAGCGCGCUGCAAAACGAACCAAAAGAUUUCCAUUAGGAGAAACGCGCUGCAGUUUCAGAAACAUAGCAAAUAUAAAACCAGCAUUAAGAAAACAUUCACCAACUUGACGAAACAUGCGAAGCGCUGCAUAAAUGACAAGAAACCCAAAACCAAACAGAAACCAGGGGACACUAAAAAGUGACGCACACAACUAGGACCGGAGCGAUUGUUGACAUUCAGGGAUUAUAAAAUUAGUUGGUCUGUUUGAUAAUUGUGAUUUGUAUUUGAAAUGACUAGGUUAGCUACGUUAGCUAGCUAGCUAACAGCAGAUCUGCAAUAUUUCUGCAAUGUGAUCACAUGUUUUAAAUAUGCUGAUACAACUUAGACUUUAGGUAAGUUUCCAUUGGCAGUUACAGUUGGCCAACUUUAUUAACCCUGAAUGUCAACAAUCGCCCCGGUCCCAGCUGUGUGUGUCACUUUUUAGAGUCCCCUGGUACCCGUUGAGCUUCUUGCAUCGUUGUGUUCAUGCAGCGCUUUUAGUAAACACUACGCUUGUGUUUCGUCAAGUUGAUGUAGAUGUUUCUUCAUUUGCAUGUGUUUUUGCACAUCUGUGUAAUUUUAAUUGCAACGGAAAUGUAUUUUGGUCGUUGUACCAUGUUAGCACCUGUCGGCCACCGUACAUAUGGAAUUCGUCGUGUUGGAUUUGUAAUAGGAAAAAAAGGGGUUUUAAAUGUUGCAGGAUAUUUUUAUUUAACAUCGUUGGCAUUAGCUUCAAUAAACCACCUCAAAGUAAGGACUAUUUUGGAAGAGAUGAAUAUAUUCACACCUCGACGACGCAGCCUACGAUAUUCUAAUGAGACAUCGUUUUGAUUCCAAAUAACAGCACCGCGUUCAAUUUACUGUAGAUCUUAUUACAUUAUUUUCCAGCAUGUAUAUUUUGAUCAUGUUCUCUUUGUAGGAAGAGGAAUAUUCCCCGUGUCAGUAUUAGGAUGUUUUGUAAAAUGAGAAUCAGACAUGACACAAAGUCCCUGUGACCUUUCUGAAAAAGGUAAUUAAACUAAAUUAUAGUCGCACUAUGACACACGUUUCUGAUUGGUCACCCUUGUCAGUAUAUUUUCAUUUACCCUCGCUGAAUGUGAACUAUUUUUUUACGACUAGAUGUUGUGUAGUGUUCGCUCACUUCUUUAAACACUUUUGGUUAUUGUAUGAAACCUCAGAUCAAAAAAGGCAUUCCUUUCUCCUCUCGCUGUCCUGCCUGCACAUAAUUAGCAUUUCAUUUAAACAAAAAAGCAGCUAUUUUUCAGUGUUGCUGAUGUGUCCUGAUGUCCCCUUUAACCCCCUACCUACUUUGGGAAUGACUGAAUGAACAAAGCACUUCAACUUGUUUUUAUUUUGAUCCCAGAUUAAAUAUCACUGCUGUAAAUUAAUAUUUAAUUGUAGAAGGAAGACGUUUAUUCCAGCCUCAAAUUAAUUUGUAAUAUCCCAAUUUGUUUCUAUCUUUGUAUAACUGACUGAAGAAAGGAAAGGGCCGGUCGUCUUGUUUGUCGCCUUGUCAUUUUUCUUUAUUUCAUCGUAUUCUGUAAUAUUGUCAAUGAUGUACUUUAUGUUUUCUUUCUAUCUAACUAAAUCUCUUGGCCUCUAUGCAGCUUUUCUUGUCAUUGGUGACAUUUUAAAGAAUUAUUGUUCACUUUUUUUACCUGACAACUCGAAGCUGUCGCUGCAACACAGCAAAGGAAUUAUUCAUUUUAAAUUGUAAACAGCGUUGCCAACUUCUGACAAAAGACAGUUAUUUUUAACAAUUGAUAUAUUAAUUUCCCCCUUUUUUUGAUUGGCUUUUAAACUCCACAUUCAUAUUUUCUAUGUCCCAAAUACCAUGUUUAAAAACAAGCACAACAAUGAUUAUUGUGGUGACAAAAAAAGAUUUUAUUAGUGAUUUCUAUUGUUUCUGUUUCACAGGAAGACAUUUCUACUCUUAAUAUUACAGCUUUUUAGCCAAAAUAUUAGGAUAAUAUUACUGAUGUAAACAGACGGGGAAAUCACAUUUCAAUGUAAGGAUGAUUUGUAAAUAUUGUUUACAAAACUGUGUUUAUUAGAACCACGUUAUUUUUGGUAAACUCUUGUACAUAUCUUGAACAUUUCCUGUUUGUGUGAAAAACAAUACUUGUGUAUUUGUACCUAUUUUGUAAAGGAAUAAAUAAGCUGUUUACUAAACUGA